AUGUGUCGUCUCAAGAGUUUUUUUCCCGUCGAUUUUGUCUUUUUCCACGACGUGCGCAACGCUGCUGCUACCUUGACUUAUGUGCUUUUCGACAUCAUUAGACCUUACCAUACCUUUCCUUUCCCUGCUUUAGACGCACAAACAUACCAUACUGCCCUACAACCUCCUUUUUGUCAUUAUUACUCUUGCCCCCCUCGUCCGCUUCUCUCCUUCUUAUUCUUCCUCUCCUCCCUCUCUCUAUUCCUCUUCACACCCCUCCGACUAGUCUCCCCGCCUCUGCCACCUGACCUCAAUAACAUUGACUGCCCUGCUAUCCAUAACUUGGACCUAAUCAAGGCCAUCCGUCUGCCACCUUCGUUCGCCGCCCUCCCCAAGUCCUUCCCACAAACUAUCCCGGUUGGACCGUCGCCCCCCCUCGAAGCCCCCCUGCCGAGCUUCGCCCGCAUCCAUCCCGCUGCACCGUGGUUUACACUAAACUCGCGCAAUCCCGGUGCUGCAACUCUCGUUCCAGGGGGCCAGGGCAACUCACCCCUAACUCGACGGGAACCUGGACACCAGACGUCAACCCCGCCUGCACCACCACCACAACCACGACCUCGAACCCCUCUGCCCCCAAACUCGUCAACCUGCGCUGCUCGUAAUAUCCUUUUCUUUCCGACGACACAACACCGCACACAAACGCACAACCACUCGACGACCGCCUCUGCCACCGAAUCCCCCCUCCCCCUUCCCUUCACCAUGGCCGAGAAACCCUCAGUCCUGAUCAUCGGGGGGCUGGGCUACAUCGGUCGCUUCCUGGCCCGCUACAUCCACGACAAUGACCUCGCAUCAGAGGUCCGCGUUGUCGACAAGGCCUUGCCCCAACUCGCAUGGCUUGCUCCCGAAUUCCAGGACGCCUGCGCCGGCAGCAAAUUCAUGCAGGCCGAUGCAAGCAGAGAACGUAAGUCACCAGACCUAAACGACGACAUGACCUGUUUUCUCCUUUUCUUUCCCAUUCACCGCCCUCCAACACUCAUUCCUUCAUGUCUCUUCUUCCUCUUCUCGUCUCUUCUCUUCUCUGUAGCCCCUCCCCUCCCCCCUCUGUCUCUGGGGUCUCCAAAGCUACCAACCGACCCAACACCCCAGAUAAAUAACCAACUGUCAUCAAAGAUAUUCGACCGUGCCGACGGCAAACAGUGGGACUACGUCUUCAAUUGCGGCGGCGAGACGAGAUAUUCGCAAGAGGAUGAGGUUUACAAGUUGCGCUCUCUCGGCCUGUCGCUUGCUGUUGGCAAGGAGGCGGCCAAGCGCAAGGUCAAGGCCUUCAUCGAGCUCAGCACCGGCAUGGUAUACAAGUCAGACUCGUCCCCAAGCAAAGAGGGCGACAAGUUGAAGCCUUGGAGCAAGAUCGCGGUCUACAAGCUGCAGGCCGAGGAGGAGUUGGCCAAAAUUGAGGGACUGAAUCUCAUCAUUGUGCGUUUGGCACACGUCUACGGCCCGUACGCGUCGCAAUGGGUCGCAACGGCACUUUGCAUGGCCCGUGUCUACCAAUACCUGGAGAGCGAAAUGAAGUGGCUGUGGGACAAGGGCCUGCGACAGAACACGGUACACAUUACAGAUGCCGUACGCGCACUUUGGGAUAUCACGGCGUGGUACAGCAAAGGCCAGGACAAGUGGGAUGUCAAGACCAUGGGCAAGGUGCCCACGUUUAACGUUGUCGACAAGGGCAUCACCACACAAGGCACCAUGUCCGAGAUUAUUGGCGACAUCUUCAAGAUCGAAACGGGAUUUCAGGGACAACUCAUCAGCACAUUUGCGCGCCUGAACAUGGACAGCGUCGUCGACGACGUCAACGACGAGCUCAUGGGACCAUGGGCCGAACUGCUCGAGAAGGCGGGCAUUGCGCGGCCGGGACCUCUUACGCCCUUCAUGGAGAAGGAGCUGUUGAAAGAUACGGACCUGAGCAUGGACGGUAACCGCUUAGAACAGGUUGUCGGCUUCCAGUACGAAAAGCCCAAGUUGACCAAGGAAUUGGUCGAGGAGGUGAUUGAGAGCUACAAGACGAUGAACUGGUGGCCAACGGGGAAGGAUACCAGCGCAGGCGCGGGCGCGGGUUGCGGAACCGAGAAGGGGGAAGCGAGAGAGACAGCGAGAGCGCGCCGUGAUAUCAGUCGAAUCGUUUGUUUAGAAACUCCACUGCGUGCGAGCAGCAUUCAGCAGGGGUUUGCCUGCUGGCAUCUUCUUGAAACAGCAAAGAGCUCUCACGUGUGGUUUUCCGCGGGCGGGAACGUCGCGGACGGCCACCUCUUGGCCCCGUGGGAGCUGGGAUUCUCCUGCCUACGUGACUGGCCUCUCUGGAGCUUGGUCCCGCCGCAACGAGGUGUCUCCCUCAUCGCUGCGGCGCCACUUGCCAUCUUGAAGAAUCGAAGACUUGAAGCUUCUCAGGCACCGGAAAUUCUCGAGACGAUUCGUCGAAUAGACGAGUCUUAUUCGGAUGCCUCUCAUUGCGCUUCGAUUCGCUCGCUUGGUCUGGUUCAGAAACCCGGAGCGAGGAUCAAGGAGCCAGAGACAAGCUUGGUCGACGUCGACGUUGACGCUGGUCGGCUGGCACUACUGUGCGAGUUGUCAAAUAAAUGUCUGCAGUUUCCCAAGCUGAUGCAGAGAGCCGCUGACGGGAUGCUGUCGUGCGAUGAGGCAACCGAGACGGGUAGAGGUGCCAGACUUGUGGAAGGUUUUAUGGAGAUGAACCCCACGAACGGAGAGAGGGAGCCUGAGCUGGAAAAAGAAUGCAGCUCGCUCGCGUCCGUCCCGCACAUGCUUCGGACUGAAAAGGCCGAGUGUGACCAAAAGUCUGCCGAAGCCGUGGGUUGGCAUCUCCCGCCUGAUCGCCCGAGACGGGAUGGAGAGUUUGGGGGGACCGAGUUCGUGAUUGGCGUCGUGUCAUUGGCAGAGAUUGGCGGAGUAGAAGGGGAGAGAAGGUGUCGGUGUAUGUAUGCGACAUUGCUGUUCGGAUACAAGCGUCAAGCAGUGUCGAAGCUCUCAGACGAAUUGUGCGCCUGUAAUGACCCUUGCCGGCCCUACAUCGUGAAGACCGUGCAAAAGGCCCCUUGGAUCUUUUUUUCUUCUUUUUCUUCUGCCCUUCAGCGCUGCCUCGAGCCUCAGAAGCUGUGGCGUCCAUUCGCCUCUGGCAUCGUCGAGGAUAGUGUUCUAGUCGUCAUGAAGAACGGUUGCGGCCAGAUUGGGGUUGUGAGUGUCGGUCUGGUUGCUAUCAUUGGCCGUUUGUUUCGCGCAGGCCCAGGUGAGUUCUGGGGGUGGGAGGUUGCAAUUGGCAGGGUCUGGGGUAAACGUAAGGGUGUGGAGGUUGUCUCGCGAGCCUCGGCCCCGACAUCUGAGCGGUCGCAGAACCCGUGGCAGUGGCAGUGUCAGUGUGGGGAGGGAUACUUCCCCGCCCCGCUUGCCCAAGAGCUGAUACCGGACCAGGCGGCGUAUAAGAAGGCGGCGACGGAUUGGAUGCCUUCCAUCUGGAGUCAAAUUCCACGUCACCUUUGUUGCUCGGCCCAGCUUGUUCAUUCCCAUCUUCUAAUUCAUUCUACCGCCAGUUUGCGAACAAAAGAAGAAGGUGGCUUACCUGAAACAGAGUUUGUGCCUGCUUUGAGUAACGACUUUGGCUUGACGACAUUUCACCUUUGCAAACUGGGCCUACCUACAUUUACGUAUCUCACCUCUGCGGGCCCGUUGACAUUUUGUUCCCGUUGCAACCCUCCCGGCCACCGACCCAAGCUUGAGGACAUAAAACACCGAAUACUUCUUCGGCCAAUCUUCGUCGCAACACAUUCCAAACGCAUCCACACAACACAUCGCAUCACAAUGGCUGCUCCUGCUACAAAGACGAUCGCCGACCUCAACGGCAAAUGGGUCAUGAACAAGACCCUCUCCGAUUCUCCGGAGCCUGCUCUCGCCCUCCAGGGCAUCGGUUGGAUGACCCGCAAGGCUGUCGGCCUCGCCACUGUCACCCUCGACGUCAAGCAGUACACCGCUCCUCCCUCCCCUCCCGGCACCGGCACUGAGCCCGUCACCCACUUCGAUAUCGACCAGUUCGCCACGGCCGGCCUCAAGGGCACCACAGAGAAGCGCUGUGUCGACAAUGAGUGGCGUGAGCAUUCCGACUGGAUGUUCGGCAGCGUCCGUGGCCAGAGCCGCUGGAUGACCCUCGCCGAGAUUGAGGAUGAGUUCCUCAAGAAGGGCUGGCUCGAGGGCGACGCCGAGGCCACCGGUCCCGAUGGCAAGGCUCAUCUCUACAGCCAUGUCGAGAGCAUCGACAACGGCUGGACUGCUUCCCAGAUCUGGGGCUUCCAGACCGUCGAGGGCGAGAGACGCUACACUCGCAACGUCCUCGUUCAGAAGGGCGGCAAGAGAGUCGAGAUCCGCCUUGUUUACGACUACCUUCCUUAA